AUGCAGACCGGUUGCAAACACCGCGGCUCUCCAGUCUCCCCCGGCGAGUCUGGUGGUGAUGAUGCCUUACUCGUUAAUGCUGUGAAGAAAUCGUACCGGUGUUCAACUUGUGCCCAGGAGUUUUCCCGUCCUGACCACCUGCGGAGGCACGCUCUGAGUCAUGGUGUUGCGGACAACAGCCCGAUGGCCGACUCUGGUAGCGAUGCAAGAUCCAUCAAGGCCCUUCUCGACAACGGCACCCAAAGCUUCACCGAGAUAUUCGACCUCCCUUCUUUCAGUGAUGAGACGGGAGAUCUUGGUCCCCCCCUCAAACGCUCGCGAAUCCAGCAUUUCUGGACCGAACCAUGGAUGAACGACCCCGGCGAAGGGGAUUUGGACGGGCUUUUUCGUGCAAACGUCCCGAGCAUGUUGCAACAAUGUUCCCUGGCCCAAGCGAGCAAGUCCGAGACGCCUCAAAUAACCGCGUUGAGAGAUGUCAUGAUGCGCAGUACCCAACAACUUAAUCUUCAAGCCAGUUCCUUUGACGAGCUGAGUGCCAUCAUCGGCUUACUGUGCUGCCAGCCAAAGAUAGAUACCUUUGUGGCAACAGAGCUGCUCAUUUCUAUCAUUACCUUUAGUGCCAUGUAUUCUCACGACAAAACCGACCGCCUAGCGGCGCGGAAGCUUCUCAACAUUGCAGAGCUAGUCGUAUUCUCGGCAGAGAUAUUCGCUGCGUCUCACGAAAUCAAGCACGCCUCCCACGAGUCGACGGCUGCAAACUCGACCCAAAAGGAGUGGGAUUGGUAUCAAUUCCAGCAAGUUCAGGCGGGGUAUCUGAUAACGACGGUCCAGUACCGGGCCGGCACGAGGCAGGCCAAAAUCAGGCCACGGAAAUUCGAUUUCGCGAGAUCGUCAAGGUUUUCUGGUACCAACCUUCCAACAGAGGGUCGGAAGCUGACAUGGACAGGCUGCCCGGAAAUCUGGAUUGACCCUGGCUCAACACCUCCCUCAACAUCGAAUCUCUGA